AAACUGCAGCUGCUAAAAGCUCGACAACUCAAACCAAAAUAGCGAAACAGAAAUGUCUCUGAAAUUCAAUCCCAUCACUUAUCAAUCUCACAAACUCCCUUCAUUUGCUCUUCCUCCAAUGGCCAACCUCCGAUCUCCCAAGUUCUUCAUGGCCUCCACUCUUCGUUCGGGCUACAAAGAGGUUGACAAUCCCAAAAAGCCUUUCAUGCCGCCUAGGGAGGUGCAUGUUCAGGUCACACACUCGAUGCCGCCUCAGAAGAUUGAGAUCUUCAAAUCUUUGGAGGACUGGGCUGAGAACAACAUUCUAACAUACCUCAAACCGGUUGAGAAAUGCUGGCAACCCCAUGAUUUUCUUCCGGAUCCUGCGUCGGAUGGAUUUUAUGAGCAAGUCAAAGAACUUAGGGAAAGGGCAAAGGAGAUUCCGGAUGACUACUUUGUUGUUUUGGUUGGUGAUAUGAUCACGGAGGAAGCUCUUCCAACUUACCAAACCAUGCUUAAUACCUUAGAUGGAGUUCUUGACGAAACAGGUGCUAGCCUUACUUCUUGGGCGAUAUGGACACGGGCAUGGACGGCUGAAGAAAACAGGCAUGGCGAUCUACUUAAUAAGUAUCUCUACUUGUCUGGAAGAGUUGACAUGAGGCAAAUUGAGAAGACAGUCCAGUAUUUGAUUGGAUCAGGGAUGGAUCCACGUACGGAGAACAAUCCAUAUCUUGGAUUCAUCUACACGUCAUUCCAAGAAAGAGCAACAUUCAUCUCCCAUGGGAAUACAGCCCGACACGCAAAGGAGCUUGGUGACAUUAAGUUGGCUCAAAUAUGUGGUAACAUUGCCUCAGACGAAAAGCGCCACGAGACUGCGUAUACUAAAAUCGUUGAAAAGCUCUUUGAGAUCGAUCCUGAUGGAACGGUCUUGGCAUUUGCUGACAUGAUGAGGAAGAAAAUCUCCAUGCCAGCACACUUGAUGUAUGAUGGCCGAGACGACAACCUUUUCGAUAAUUUCUCAGCCGUUGCACAAAAACUCGGGGUUUACACUGCCAGAGACUAUGCUGAUAUACUAGAGUUCCUGGUGAACAAAUGGAGGGUGAUGGAGAUAACUGGACUUUCAGCUGAGGGUCGUAAAGCUCAGGAUUAUGUGUGUGGACUUGCUCCGAGAAUCCGAAGGCUGGAAGAGAGAGCUCAAGGAAGGGCCAAGCAAGCACCCAAGGUUCCAUUCAGCUGGAUAUUUGACAGAGAAGUUCAGCUCUAAGCCUCGAGUUUGAUGAACUUGAAAAAUAGCGAUUUCAAUUUCCUGCAACAGAGUUAGAAAGGAACAAGGUGAAGCUAUUGCAUUUUUCUCUUUAAAUUCCCCGUAUAAUGUUUGCCUGAACAAUUUUCACUCAGUCGAAUUCAAGUUAAAGUUUUCAACUACAUAA